AUGCCUUCCGCGACAGACGGAGCGCCUGCCCCCCUUUCCAAUGGAGUCCCCAAGAUCGAUCUCCCUGCUGGCGACGCUUCUCCGGGUUCAGACGCACCUUUCUCUGCCAACGACAACAUUCGCCGAUUCGAGGCUCCCUCAAGAGCACUGAGCCCUGCUCCGCAUGCUCUGUUCCACAACAAGACGAGAUGUUUCGUAUACGGAAUGCAGCCAAAGGCUGUCCAGGGUAUGCUCGACUUCGACUUCAUUUGCAAGCGAACGACGCCUUCAGUUGCCGGUAUUAUCUACACAUUCGGCGGACAGUUCGUCAGCAAGAUGUACUGGGGUACGAGCGAGACUCUUCUGCCGGUCUACCAGUCUGUGGACAAGGCUUUCGAGAAGCACCCUGAUGUCGACACAAUCGUCAACUUUGCUUCUUCGCGAUCAGUCUACAGCUCCACAAUGGAGUUGAUGAACAUUCCUCAGAUUCGCUCGAUUGCCAUCAUUGCAGAAGGUGUGCCCGAACGACGUGCCCGCGAGAUCAUGGUCAAGUCGAUACAGAAGGGCAUCACUAUUGUUGGCCCGGCCACCGUCGGUGGUAUCAAGCCCGGUGCUUUCAAGAUCGGCAACACUGGUGGUAUGUUGGACAACAUUGUUGCUUCUAAACUCUACCGGAAGGGUUCUGUUGGCUACGUCUCCAAGUCCGGAGGUAUGUCCAACGAAUUGAACAAUAUCAUCGCCCAGAACACCGACGGUGUGUACGAGGGCAUUGCCAUCGGUGGUGACAGAUACCCCGGUACCACUUUCAUCGACCACAUGCUUCGUUAUCAGGCCGAGCCGGACUGCAAAAUCCUUUUGCUUCUUGGUGAGGUUGGUGGUGUCGAGGAGUACCGAGUCAUCGAGGCUGUCAAGAAUGGUCAGAUUACCAAGCCAAUUGUCGCAUGGGCUAUCGGAACCUGCGCCAGCAUGUUCAAGACCGAAGUCCAAUUCGGUCACGCCGGUGCCUCCGCCAAUUCUCAACUCGAAACAGCUGUCCUCAAGAACCAGUCGAUGAGGGAAGCUGGUUUCUUCGUUCCUGACACCUUCGAGGAGAUGCCAACUCUUCUUGCCGAGGUGUACCAAAAAUUGGUCAAGCAAGGAACCAUCAAUCCUGCCCCAGAACCAGCCGUCCCAAAAAUCCCCAUGGACUAUGCGUGGGCUCAGGAAUUGGGCCUCAUCCGAAAACCCGCUGCCUUUAUCUCCACUAUCUCCGACGACAGAGGCCAGGAGUUGCUUUACGCCGGAAUGCCAAUUUCAGACGUCUUCAAGGAGGACAUUGGUAUUGGUGGUGUCAUGUCUCUCCUGUGGUUCCGUCGCCGACUUCCUGCAUAUGCCGGCAAGUUCUUGGAGAUGGUCCUUAUGUUGACCGCUGAUCACGGUCCUGCUGUGUCUGGUGCCAUGAACACCAUCAUCACUACCCGUGCCGGCAAAGACUUGAUCUCUUCACUCGUUGCUGGUCUCCUGACCAUUGGCUCCCGUUUCGGUGGUGCCCUGGAUGGCGCUGCCGAAGAGUUCUCCCGUGCUUCCGACAAGGGUCUCAGCCCAAGAGAAUUUGUCGACAUCAUGCGCAAAGAGAACAAACUCAUCCCUGGUAUCGGUCACCGAAUCAAGUCCCGGAACAAUCCCGAUCUUCGUGUUGAGCUUGUUAAGGACUUUGUCUUCAAGCACUUUCCCUCCCACAAGCUUCUCGACUAUGCGCUUGCUGUAGAGACCCUCACGACGGCAAAGAAGGACAGUUUGAUUCUUAAUGUUGACGGUUGCAUUGCAGUGUCGUUCGUUGAUCUCAUGCGCAACUGCGGUGCUUUCUCUGCAGAAGAAGCGGAAGACUAUAUGAAGAUGGGUGUCCUCAACGGCUUGUUCGUCCUCGGUCGAUCCAUCGGUCUGAUCGCCCAUUACCUUGAUCAGAAGCGAAACAGACAAGGACUGUACAGACAUCCAUGGGACGACAUCACCUAUCUCCUACCAACGUUUGCGAAGGGCCAGAACAGCGAGGGACGUGUUGAAGUAUCUGUGUAG